AUGUUUGGUCCAUUCAAGCCUUCAAGCACAGUAUUGGGUGGUUUACUGUGGAAGAUACCAUGGAGAAUGUCACGUCCUCAGAAGCAGAGACAAAGACAUAGGUUGCAACAGGUGGAUAAAGUCUUGAAGAACUUAAAUUUAGGUCUUCAUAUCCAAAGGUGUGAGAAAAAAGGUAUCGAAUUCGAGAGUGCAUUGCAGACAAGAAAACUAUUAAAACCUCAAGUGAAGCAUUUACGCCUGCUGAGCAAAGCGUCGGUGUUCCCAAAGGAGCGUGAAAUGUCGUAUAAGGAUAAGUACACGUUCUUCAAUAAGCAAGCCUCCGGAUAUAGAAAAGGCCUCCACAAAUUACCAAAAUGGACCAAGGUCUCUCAAAGAAGGAAUCCUAAAUUUUUUUAA